AUGGCUCCUUCUUUAGUGAGAUUAUAUGAACAAAUGCUUGAACCAAAGUAUGUUAUUACUACUAUGGGAAUGUGUACAAUUACAGGGGGGAUGUUCAGUACCGAUUCUUAUAGUACYGUUCGAGGAGUUGAUAAGCUAAUUCAUGUAGAUGUCUAUUUGCUGGGUUGUCCACCUAAACCAGAGGUUGUUAUAGGUGCUAUAACAAAGCUUCGUAAGAAAAUAGCUAGAGAAAUCUAUAAGGAUCGAAUUAGACCUCAACAGGUACGCAUACUGGAAAUUAUGAUCAAGAAUUACUCUAUCCACCAUCCUCUACUUCAGAGAUCUCUACUGAAAUAUUUUUUACAUACAAAAGUCUAG